GACACUCCAGCUCAAAAACCUCAGAACUCCACUCUCUCUCCUCUGCUCUGCUCUGCUCUGUCUCUCCCCAACAUGGCCGGCUCUCUCUGCUCCGCCAAGCUGAUCGCCGCCUUCCUCCUCGUCUCCGCCGUCCCCUUCGCCUACCUCAUCGCCCUCGAGCUCUCCCCGCCCUCCACCCACGUCUUCCACUACCACGGCUCCGGCUUCCUCCGCGAGUGCGCCAAGUGGGACGCCCCCGGCCGCCGCUUCCUCGUCUCCUUCUUCGAGGGCGGCGUCGGCCAGGUCCCCGUCCCCGACGACCACUCCCCAUCGUCCGCCGCCGCGCUUGAGGAGACGACGGUGAUCAAGGACGCCGACGUCGCCGGGAACGCCUCCCUCGGGCUCGCCGUCGACGCAGGGAGGGAGCGGCUGCUCGUCGCCGUCGGCGACGUGUUUUGGAACAAGUACUCCGCCUUGGCGGCCUACGAUAUGUCAACGUGGAAGCGGACGUUCCUCACGCAACUCGGUGGCCCAAGCGAUGGGAAGACCUUUGCGGAUGAUAUUGCAUUGGACCCCGAGGGCAACGCGUACGUGACUGACGCCAAAGGAAACAAAAUCUGGAAGGUCGGGCCGGACGGCGAGCUCCUCUCCAUCAUCCGAUCACCGCUGUUCAUCCCGAAGGAAUGGUACAGAAACUGGGUCGGGCUGAACGGCAUCGCAUACCACCCGGACGGGUACCUCAUAGUCGUCCACACAUUCAGCGGCAAGCUCUUCAAGAUUGACGUCACGAACGGAGGGGAGGAAGUGAAGGUAAUCGACGUCCUGGGAGGCCCGCUGAGGAUGGGGGAUGGUCUGGAGUUACUGUCUCCCACCAAGCUUGUGGUUGCAGGAAAACCUUCAGGGACGUUGGUAGAGUCUCUAGACGGGUGGCAGAGCGCUUCUGUUGUUGGGAGGUUCAAGGGCCCUUCGCAUAGGGUGGCGACCGCCGCCACAGUGAAGGACGGGAAGGUGUAUCUGAAUCACAUGUUCGGGCUUGGGUACCCAAAAAAGAAGCACGCUCUCGUCGAGGCGGUUUUCUCGACAUGAGGAGAGGAAGGGGAUGAACAUUUUCUGGAAAAGAAAUCGGGGUUCGGCUAAAUCAUACUUUUCUGGAUUCAUGUUGUAUGUGUAGAGAACAGAGGCCAUAGAGCUCAUGGGUGCUCUGUGAAAUAUGGUGGUGCUUUUUUCCUUCUUUGAAUUGGCAAAAACUUUUUAGUUUUAGAUGAGGAAGGCUGUGGAUUCCGGGGGCCGGUCCUUAUGGAUCUGUCCGGCAGGCACGGGUUAUGCGAUUAUGUAAGAAUUCAUAAAACUAGGAAACUCGAAACACCCAAAUUGAAAUGGCAUGGAACGAGACGACUUUCACAGCUUCUUAAGGUGAAUAGAUAGCCAUCGAUAGUACCGGUCUUUGUUCUAUACCCUUGUUUCAUUUUUCAAAGCACUACGUUCCAUUGACUUCCCCCUUUUUUUCUUCCCACUGAGUUGCAAGUGUUCCGGAAAAAAUCAGAUUGAAUGUUGGUUUGAAUUCUGAAUGGGGCGU